GUUGGCACCAUGGAUCCAGUGUCCGCACUCGGUGUUGCCGCCGCUAUAGUCCAAUUCAUCACAAUCACUUCCAAAAUCCUGACCAGUACUGUCACAUUAUGCAAUUCCGCGACGAGCGACUCCUCUGAGAUUAUGAGUCUCGAGAACAUCUACUUGAAGCUGAAAACCGUCAGUCUCAAUGUGAGCAACGCAGCUAAAAAGGCUGCACACAUAAAAGAGCCUAGCAGGUCGAUCCAUUCCCAGGGCGAAUGGAGCCCGACGACCAUUUUUCUGGGUUCACUUGACGAGGACCUGGCUACAGAGAAUCCGUUUUCAACUCUACAGGAUUCCUAUGCGUCACUGGGAAACUUGCUGGACACUUGUGACUCCGAUUGCAGCAAACUACUCACAAUCGUUGGGAAAAUCAAGGCCACCAGCAACCCCGGCUCCCGUUGGAGCUGUUUUCGCGCGGUCUUGAAGCUAUUUUGGAAACGAGACGAGAUUGCCCAGGUUGAGGACAGCCUGGAGAGGUUGCAAAGACUAGUGACGAUACAAAUGUGCAACAUAUCGAAUAUCUAUCACGACAUCUAUCUUCGAGAAUUGGUAAAGCUGAAGAAAGAAAGUGAGUAUCUCGGCAUUCAGCAGAGCGUCCAGAUAAAAUCCAUCGAGUCUAUGCUUCAGACGCUCAUCGAACGACAACGAGGGUCAGAGGGCACUUCAGUGCCUACAGACUCUCUACCCACGCAGCUGUCUCGUUUGGAGCGUUCAAUGCUGCAACUUGGAAUCUCAGAGCGCAAAGUUGGUCGGGAGAUGUCCAUCUUGCGCAGCCUCCGUUUUGAGAAUCAAAAGGUUAGACAUGUCAGCAUACCCAUUGCUCACCGAGAAACAUUUCAGUGGGUGUUUGAGCCCAACAAAGAAGGGGAAUCCAGUGCCCUACUGGAUUGGCUCAUUAAUGGCCAAGAACACUUUUGGGUGGCAGGAAAGCCAGGGUCCGGCAAAUCGACAUUCAUGAAGUUUCUGGCAGAUCACCCAACGACCUGUUCAGCUCUAGCCCAGUGGUCACACCCGCUUCCGGUGAUAAUAGCCAGCCACUACCUAUGGAGUCCAGGGACUGAGAUGCAAAAGUCGCAACAAGGCCUGCUCCAGAAUCUGCUUUACGAAAUCUUCCGACAUUGCCCAGAUCUCAUCGAAGCUGCCUGCGAGUCUCGUUGGACAUUGAGCAAUGAGAACGACCAAGUUGCGUGGACUCUUCCAGAGCUUUGGUCGACACUAGAGGCAAUUCCAUUGCAAAACCUGACAGAUCGAAAAUUCUGUUUUUUUAUUGAUGGUCUUGACGAAAUUCCGAGCGCCAACCUGGACAUGAUGGACUUUUGCGAGGCUUUGAUCGCAAAGCUCCAUGCUCCAAAUGUCAAGAUGUGUCUCUCAAGUCGGCCCUGGAACAUAUUUGAGGACAGUUUCGGCCAAAAAGCUCAUCGCAAGCUCUAUAUCCACGAUCUGACCAGACUUGAUAUCCUCCGAUUCGCCAGAUCUCGUUUAUCUGAGCACCCGCGCUGGAGAGUCCUGCAAACCCAGUCUAGGCGAGCCGAGGAACUCAUUGAAUGCAUUGCCGACCGGUCUCAAGGUGUAUUUCUCUGGGUUUCUAUCAUGACUAGGCUGUUGAGGGAGGGUUUGACCAAUGGCGAUAGCUUUUCGCACUUGAGGAAAAUGCUGGACAGCUUUCCUCGGACUUGGAACCUUUCUUCAAGGCGAUCCUGGAAUCGGUGCCUUCAAUCUAUCGAGAGAGGAUGGCAGAAACUCUCCAAAUAGCUCUCUAUGCCAAGGGGCCUUUGGAUGCCGUCAUAUAUAGUUUCCACGACGACAUCGAUGAUGUGGAGAUUGGCUGCGCAAUUAAUAUGCCAGGCUAUGAAAACGGCGGGGAGAUUCUACGGUUUCGUCGCGAAGAAAUUAUCCGACGUCUGAACGGCAUAUGCCGAGGCCUUCUUGAACCGAACUUCCUAGGCCAGGUUGAUUUCCUUCACAGAACUCUGGUAGACUUCUUGAGAACCCAGGAUAUGAUUGAGUUUCUCCGUACCCAGUCAAGUCAUAAGUUCAGUCCCAGUCUUGCAAUUCUA